AUGUCGGGCGUAUUUGGGUACAGCCGAGAGGCUGUACGUGUCAAAGUGCAGAAAUGUGGCGCCAUGCUUCAGCCAGAAUAUCGUAAAUUUAGCGUGGAUCCUCAAAUUACAUCAUUCGAAGUCCUACAGAGUAUUAUUGCCAAAGCAUUUGAUCUUAAGGGAGAAUUCACUGUGGCUUAUAGAGCUAUUGAUGAUUAUGGUCAAGAGACAUAUCUUUCUCUCCUCUCAGAUUGGGAUUUAGAUGCAGCAUUUCUUAGUGCUUCAGAACCAUGUCUGGGACUACAAAUUGAAGUUAAGUCAGUUCAAGAAAAUGUAGAAGAAUGGGAUGAGGCUUCUCAAACUGAUGUUGAUAUCAUGCCUUCAAUUCGAGGUCUGGAGGCGCUUCGCCUGCCACAGUUACAAAUGCAGCAAUUCCAGGGCGGAGGAAGCCAAUCCAAUCGUCCUAUUUUACAACACUCACAACAAAGUCAUCAACAUUCCCAAGGCAGUGUAGCUAAAAUGCAGCAUCGUCUACCAGGUCUAAUUCUGAAUCAGGUGGAAAAAACAUUUAGUUUGGUGCAAAGAGCUCUUCUAGGAGAAGAGUCUCAGUCUACACCAUCCACUGCUGUGCCCCCGAAACCUCCUCUCACUGAUGCUCAGUUCCGUAUGUUUCUGGAUCCCAUUGGUCAGGUUGUUCAGGACAGAGAGUUGAGAAGAGUAAUCUACUACGGAGGCAUUGAACCCAGCUUAAGAAAAGUUGUAUGGAAACACAUUUUGAAUGUUUAUCCUGAUGGAAUGUCUGGGAAAGCUCGUAUGGAUUACAUGAAGAUGAAAGCUCAGGAAUAUUAUUCUCUUCGGGAGUACUGGAAAGAGCUGAUACAAAAAAAUCAGCUGACUCAUGAUUUGAGUUAUGUAACUACUAUGGUUCGUAAAGAUGUUUUGAGGACUGAUCGGCACCACCCCUUCUAUGCCGGGAGUGACGAUAACCAGAAUAUAGCAUCUCUUUUCAACAUAUUGACAACAUAUGCUUUAAAUCAUCCAACUGUUAGCUAUUGCCAAGGAAUGAGUGAUCUUGCAUCUCCAUUAUUAGUCACUAUGGGGGAUGAAGCACAUGCUUAUAUUUGUUUUUGUGCUCUCAUGAGCCGAUUGCGCCCAAACUUUAUGCUGGAUGGAGAGGCUAUGACAUUGCGUUUUCAGCACCUAACUGAUGGUUUGCUUUUUUAUGACCCUGAGUUCUACUCCUACCUCAAAAGUCAUCAGGCUGAUGAUCUGUUAUUUUGUUACCGCUGGCUACUUUUAGAAAUGAAGCGAGAGUUUGCCUUUGAUGAUGCUUUGAGAAUGAUGGAAGUCAUGUGGAGUUCUCUGCCGCCAAUUCCAAGCUACCACAGUAAAGAAUUGCCACUGUUUGAUGUACAAUUUUUGGCUCCACCCUCUGGGAUCACCCCACCACCUAUCAGCCCAUUGUUGAAGUCGCCCAGGGAAAAUGCAUACACUAAGGUAUGUGCACUGAGAAGACAAGGAUCAGGAGCAUCACUAAUGCCUCGGAGCAGACCUCAACACAAUGUUUCAGUUCAAAGACAAAACCAAAGUCUCGAUGAAACAGGCACAGUCAAAGGGAGGCUGCAAAGGGUCAAAGUCAAGCCUUUUGCUAGUUUGGAUGAUUCCUCAUUGGGAAGAGGUGCACUACCUUCAUCAUCUUCAGAGGCUGAUGUUGAAAGCAAGUUGGAGCAGUACAGAGAUGCUAACAAUCAUCGGAGCUCUCGUUCACUUCGUCCUUCAUCAGAAAAAGACAGCUCUCCUCGCAGUGGUGUUCGUUCUCAUUUAAAAGAAAAAUUCCAGUCUGGUCGCUGCAAGAAUUUACUUCUUUCUUUAGAAAAGCUAGAUAGGCACCACGAUUCCAUUCAAGAAGAAUCUCAAAACAAAAAAGAGGAGAACACUCGUGUCGUGAAGAACCUCAAUGAGUUUUUAAACUUCUCCAAUUUGAAGAGAAACAACUCAUUGAGCCCCAAAAAGAAUAAAUCAAAUUUGGGGAAACAAGAGCGUUUUGGAAGUGUUGAUGAUGCUGUAUUUGACUCUAACCCAGAUUUGUCCUCAUUCAAAAAUGGUGAACAAAGAAACUUUGAUAGUGUGGAAAGUAACUCUACAUCUACUUACGACAGAAGUACAAGUGAGGACAGUUCUCCAGAUGAUUCAGAGUAUUUUCCCAUGACUACCUCUAUGACUCAGGAGCUGCGCAUUGAACUGGACAGUUUAGACAGACAUGUAUUUGGCUCAAACCCAAGAAAAAAUUUACUGUCAGAUGACACUGAAGACACAGAAUCUGCCUGUAGUGGAUCCACUCACUUGGACACAGAGAGUGAUGCAUCAUUGAACCACCGCAAAGAGGAGCUCAAAGUUCCUACUCGGUCGAACUAUGGAACAGAUGAUGUUUUUAUUUGGGAGAAUCCUAUUAAGUCCAGUCCCAUAACCCCUGACGAGCAAGUAGACUUGGACCAAGACAAUGAGUGGCCUCAUAGCCUAAAGCUGUCAUCUCCCAACCACUUUCAUAGAACUCCCAAAGAAAGUAUGGGAACUGAAGAAACACAUACAGACAUCCAUCAAACUGGAGCUGCUUCAAGUAGUGCUGCUCACCAACAGAAAAGUUUUGUUGAUGAAAAUUGCUCUAUUGAUCCUGCGGUCAUGGUUACGUCAAAUACCAAUUGUGAAGAAGCAAUUGAUCUCAGUAGUGCUCGCCCAUUGCCUACAGGCAACUAUUCAACGAGACUUCCACCACCCGCCGUUUUUGGUGGUGGCAAUCCAUUUCUCAUGUUCCUCUGUCUCACGGUUUUACGGCAACAUCGAGAGUUUAUCAUGCGUAAUAAUAUGGAUUAUAAUGAAGUGGCAAUGCACUUUGACAAAAUGGUACGCAAGCAUGAUGUUACUCGAGUUUUAAACCAAGCUCGUCUCAUGUAUGCUGCCUAUUUAAAACAGUAUAAUAACAACACCAUAAAUGUAAGUAAUACAGAGAAAGACAAGGACAGUAGUGAGAAUGGGGAAGGACUGAAGGUGUGAUAUUUUUGUUCCUUAUCGAGGUUUAUAUCUGACUUUAUCAAACACCAAAUGAAUGUUAAAUUUAGUUUAGUCUAGUGCAGAUGCUUAACUAUGAUGAAUGGUUAAGAAGAUAGUGAUAUCUACUGUAAUAUGGUGAAUAUUCUUGAAAUAGAACUUGUAGUCGAGUGACUCUAUGAAACCAAUGCAUAUUUUUUAAUCUUCUAUGUUUACUUUUUCUUGUAUAACGUCUGGAAGAUUUUGCAUCACCAGGAAGCACAUGUUUUGAAGAAAAAAAACUAGGCUCUUGUUCAUUUUUGCUCAUGUGGGCAGUUUCCUUGAUCACCUCGUCGCCCAUCUCUUGUCAAAUUUUCUUUUUACCCUUUCUUUGUUCCGGUGAAAGGAAAACUUGUCAAAAUCAUUUUGUCAUGCAUGAAUUCAUUGAAACAGAGUUAGUGUAAAUUAAUUUCUCACUAUGCAAUCAAGUGUGUUGGUUAUACAUGGGUUUAAGACAUUCAGUCAUUCAAUUGGAUUGGUUACGAGGGGGCUUUUCUAUUUUCAUUUUGUUGGCUGUUAAAUUCUGUUUAUGAUUUGUUUUUACAUGUUUAAAAUAAAUUACAUGCUGUUUUUUUCUUGUCCCUGUGAGUCAUCAUUGCUGUUUUGAUAAGGAGGGUCUUUAUUGUUUUGAUUUCUUGUGGAAUGAGUUGUGAUAUUUUAUCUUUGUAAUAAUUUUUAUACUUAAUUUCUUGGUAAAAAAUUUGAACUCUGAACUUUGUUUCUUUUGAGAUUGGAAGCACAUUUCUCUCAGAAACUAUCGAACAAUUUGUGUCACAGCAUCAUUAAUUUGUUUUACUGAGUCAUCUGAAGCCUUCUUAUAUGUACAUUAUUCAGUUUUUCAUUCCUGGUAUUUUUAUUGAUUGGGAUGUUUGUUUUUAAAUAUGGAUACUGUACUUAAAUUUAGUUUGUCAUCUUUUUGAUGUUGUACGGUCAAUGGCCUGCUCAGGGCUACUCUUUAGAAAGGUUGACUGUAGAAACCUGUUAACUUUGGUGGGUAGGCAACCAGGACUGAUUCAAAAUUUAAGUUUAGUUCAUCUGGUGAUAAUAUUGUAUUAUAACUUGUAAUGCUGUAUUGAAGAAGUUUGUACUUAAGCAAAACACCAAUCUGUGGAAAAUAUCUUUGCAGUCGAAUUUCAUUUCCUGAUUUUGCAUCUAUUCUGUGAAUCUAUUGAGUGCAUUUAUUUGCAUUUUUCUCACUUUUUAUGAAUUUGGAGAAUAAUUUAUGUCAAAGCAGAGCCACUGCCACUUUCUCUUUUUUUUUUGCAGGGAUUCUUGACCAUCCCCCUUUACCAUGUGAAACCUAAAUUAAGCUUGAAUCCUUAUAAAUGUUAUUUGAUCUCAGCAAAUCCUUUAUCAAAAAAUGUUGAAACCAUCUUUUUCUUUCUAUUUUGUGUAUACGUGAUUAAACUUAUAAUUUUCUGUUCUUUUCUGCUAGCAAUGUGUGGGGUUUUUUGUGCAGCAGAUGUUUUGGGUGUUUGGUAUUAGGGCAAUGUCACUUUAUUAUUCUUUGCUAUGAUUUUCAUCUUGUCAGCCUCGCCUUUUAUUUUAAUUUAAUGAGAUGUGCUCAAUCAUGGCGAAGAAUAAAGGGUGUGUUUGUGUAUGUGUCUAUCCGAUUUACGAAAAGAGCAAUAAAUUUACUUUUACCAUAUGCA